AUGUCCACCUUUGACUUUGUCAUCGUCGGAAGUGGCCCAUCAGGCAGCGCCCUUGCCGCUGGCCUCGCCAACUCCGCCGCAAAGCCCCAUGUCCUCCUCCUGGAAGCAGGCGAUCAUAACGAAGAUCGGAACCUCCGCGUCGACGGCCAACGAUGGAUCACCUUCCAGAACCAGGACAUGAACUGGGGGUACAAAACGACCCCACAGAGUGACUGCAACGACCGCGAGAUCGACUACAGUCGCGGCCGGUGCCUGGGCGGGUCGAGUGCCAUCAACUUCGGUGUGUACAGCGUCGGCGCGCGCGACGACUACCAGGAGUGGGCGCGAAUCGUGGGCGAUGAGUCGUUUGCGUGGGACAAUAUCCAGCGAAGGUUUAAAGAGCUGGAGACAUUCCAUGGGGAGAUUCCUGUUGGCGUGGCGAGGAAGUAUGCGGAUCCGAAGAUGGAGGAUCAUGGGAGCAAGGGUCCGUUGCAUGUCGGCUUUGCGCGGGAGUGGGAAAAGGAUUUGACGGAGCUUUUGGAUGUUUUUGAGCAGGCUGGAUUUCCCUUGAAUCCUGAUCAUAAUUCGGGGAAUCCAAUUGGGAUGUCGGUGCUGAUUAACUCGGCCCAUAAGGGGCUACGCUCGACUGCGGGGGAUCUGGUGAAGGAGAAGCUGGAUAAUUUGACGAUUAUCACCGGAGCGCCUGUGCAGCGUGUCCUCCUGGAGGGGACCAAAGCUGUUGGUGUGGAGUCCAAUGGGAAAAAAUAUCAUGCCACGAAGGAAGUCAUUCUAAGCGCCGGUUCAUUGAAUGACCCUCGUAUCCUGAUGCACUCGGGCAUUGGCCCCGCCACUCAGCUCAAGCAGCACAAUAUCCCCGUUGUCCUUGACGUCCCCGCCGUCGGCCAGGGUCUCCGCGAUCACUGCUUCGUUCCGAUAGUCAACACACGCUCAGGAACGAGCACGGACCGAAAAGCCUUCUACGGCGACAGAGCCGCCAUGGAUGCCGCACUGAAGCAAUGGCAAGAAGAUGGCACGGGACCCUGGGCAAAAUUUGCCUGCGAACUGGGCAUCGGCUGGUUCAAACUAUGCGAACCGCUCGUCUCCUCACCGGAAUUCAAGGCCCUUCCCCCGGACGAACAGAAAUAUCUUCUCCAAGAGACGGUACCGCACUACGAGAUUAUCACACAUUUCCCUGUCCACUGGUUCAUUCCGGAUUUCCCGUCUGAAGCACUGAACUACUCUUGUCUGCUCGUCUUCCUGUUCAAUGCACAGACUCGCGGAGAAGUCACCCUGCAAUCGUCUGACCCGGACGCUCCCCUCUGCUUCAAUCCCAGGUUCCUGGCUCAUCCGUUCGACCGCCGGCUCGCGAUUGAAGCCCUGCGGGACUCGUUCCGCAUCAUCAAGCACGAGUCCUACACGAAGGAUAACGUGGCCGAGAUGGCAAUGCCCAAGGGCGAGUCAGACGAGGAUCUGCUCGAGUACUGGCGGCAGAACAUCUCGUCAAGCUGGCACAUGACAGGGACCGUGAAGAUGGGUAAAAGGGGGGAUGUGGAUGCGGUCGUGGAUCCGGACUUCAAGGUCAUGGGCAUUGAGAACCUGCGUGUGGCAGACAUGGGUGUGGUCCCAGUCUUGGUGAAUGCGCAUGUCCAGGCCGCUGCGUAUGUCACUGGUGCAACUUGUGCGGAGAAGUUGGUUCGUGAGUAUAACCUUGCUUAG